AACAAUCACAAUCAAUUACCAACAGGUUAAUAGUAAUUACAUGUACAAUACCAAAACUAAGAUAGACUAGCAGUAAAGCUGCCGCCACGGUGAAUGUUUGACCCAAAUUCGAAUCCAAGUCCAUAUCAGUCAACUCAGCAGCAGCCAGGGCCAGCGUCAACAGGCCAAGUCUAAUUCGGCCCAAAUACAGGCAACAGUCGACCUCAAACCGAUCCAGAAUGGGUCCGACCCGGCCCAAUCCACCGCUAUUCUUCCUAGAAAAAGAGCCUCUUGGGCUCUUGGCUCUCAUUUGAGGGGAGAGAUCUAAAAAAGCCAGAAGGGAGACAAAAAUCCCCUUACACCUUCCCGACUUUCUUCUUCUCCUUCACCACUUCGUUCUUCCUUGCAAAAAAGCAAAUACAACGGACGAAUAUCACAAAAGCAAGCAAGGAAGACAAUCGCACCAGGACAACAACCAAACCCCAGAAGAGGAAAGGGAGAGAAAACAGCAGAGGCUCAUCCCCUUCAUCAAUCAUCCAAGAAAAGGUAAAAACUCACCACAUCUUCCAUUCAUCUCAUCGCGAUGAUAUACAUCUUACCGCUCAUUUUCAACAAAAACUGAUCAAUUCUGUUCAACAAACGAAUUCAAUCAACCCCAAGCAACGCUAUUCAAAUUGUAAUCCGACAAAUUUCACCAUUAUAACAAAACUAGUCACCAAACAACAAACAGGGAGCCGUGCACCACCAAAACCCCUUAAAAGAACUUACCCAAACCCCCUGCCUCUGCUACCAUCGCCGCCGGCGAGUUCCUGGUCGCCGGCGAGCUCUCUGUUUGGGCAAGUUGCGGUCUUGUCCGCGAAAGGAUCCCGAGAGAGAGACAGAGGGACGUAGAGAUGGGAUCUAGAAGGAGGGUGCGAUUUUUGCUGCUCUAUUUCGUUGGUUUGCAGAGGUGAGGAGAUGGUGCGUUCUUCUGAUUGGGAAAUAGAGAAGAGUAAGUAGAGAGUGGCGGCUGAAAGAAAUGGCUAGGCUUAGGGUUUUAUUCUUCCAAAUUUCGCCAGAUAGAGUAUUCCUUUAUAGAAAGUUGCUUAGAGCGUGUUCGACAUAUUUCACUUUGUUCUGCUCGUUUUCUAUUAACAUUUCUGUUUAGAUGCUCUGUUUUUUGUUAACAACUAAACAUCUGUUCUCUUGCGUUAAUCUUUUCUGUGUAGGUGGUGAUAAAUUGUAUUGCCCUCUCCAAUUUUCAAUAUUGGGGAACCCUUAAGAAUCAAUUCUGUAAUCCUACAAUUGCAGAGUUCUAAUACGAGCAGUUUCAUUUUCAAUGUUCCAGAGCUGUGCAUUGUGCUAGGAAGACAAUGGAGGGAUCCAACAAACGUGUAACAAGUACAGUAGAGGAGGAAGAACAACCAGUCUUUUCAUUUGGGGUUAUAGCUGAUGUUCAGUAUGCUGAUAUCCCCGAUGGUUCCUCCUUCCUUGGUGUCCCCAGGUACUAUCGACAUAGCAUCACUGUGCUGCAAAGAGCGGUCCGAAACUGGAACCAACGCCAAAACUUGAGCUUCGUGGUGAAUUUCGGUGAUAUUGUUGAUGGGUAUUGCCCCAAACACCAGUCACUAGAUGCUGUGAAAAAAGUAGUUAGUGAGUUUCAGAAAUUCAAUGGCCCCACGUAUCAUAUGAUUGGCAAUCACUGCCUUUACAAUCUUCCCCGUGCUGAAUUGCUGCCAUUACUGAACAUUCAGAGCCGUGACAAUGGAUGUGCCUACUACGAGUUUUCGCCGGCUCCUGGGUAUAGACUUGUUGUGUUGGAUGGUUAUGACAUCAGUGCUAUUGGGUGGCCCGACGAUCAUCCGAAGACCUUGUUGGCACUGGAGAUCCUAAAUUCCAAGAACCCUAAUUCGGACAAGAACAGCCCAAAUGAACUGGUUGGUGUGGCCAGAAGAUUUCUCAAGUACAAUGGUGCUGUUGGAGGAGAACAAAUGGAAUGGCUAGAUGGAGUUCUUAAGGAUGCUACAGAACUGAAACAGAAUGUGAUUGUUUGUUGUCAUAUACCUUUGGACCCUGGUGUUGCAUUCCCAGGGUCUCUGCUUUGGAACUACGACGAGGUAAUGAAUUUGAUUCACAGGCAUGGUUGUGUUAAGGUUUGCGUAUCGGGGCAUGAUCACAACGGUGGGUACUCGAUUGAUGCUCAUGGCGUUCACCAUAGGUCACUUGAGGCAGCCUUGGAGUGCCCUCCUGGUACAGAUGCGUUCGGAUGUAUUGAUGUUUAUAAGAACAGAUUAGUGUUGUCAGGUAACAGUAGAAUGGCUAGCACCGAAAUUAGUUUUCGUCCUCAUGGGGUGUGAUUUUACUCUGCCCUGAUUCUUACUACCCAAUUAAGUUGUAACCCGGGUGAGUGUAGUAACCUCUUUAUGCAAUUGCUGCUCGAAGAAUAGAGAAAUGCUUAGUACAGUUGGUUCUUGAAGUAAGAUCUUUGUUGCCUAUUUUUGGAGAUUUGGUCUCAAGUUGUGUAGCAAAAUGCUAUGAAAAUAGACAAUUGAAGAAGGUUUCAGUUGCCCAGUUUUUCUACAUGGCAUGAGCAUCUUGACUGGGCAUAAGAAUUGUCCUAUAUCUUUUACCAAAUUGUGCACUUCUGUAACAGUGGCAAUGGAGUUGCAGCUAGCAUGUCUACCCUGCCAAUUAGAACUCUGAUCUCACAGCCACAAAUAUGUCAGGCAUUUAAAGCGGCACGCAUAAUAAUCUAAACCUAAUAUAACAAUACUAAGUGA